GGCUGCUAUCAUACUGCGCACGAAGGCCGACGAUUUCACCGAAACAACGAAAUCUAACUUUUCUCAGUUGGGCGCACAGUUGAACAAAGUCACUGGAUAUGAAGAGAUUGAGGUGCUUAAACGUCAGGUGGUAGAACAAGGUGCGUAGGCACGAAUAAAAGCUACGCGACAGGCACGUCGGGACGCAAAACUUGCCUAUGACAAAGCCGUGGCACAGCGAUCCAAUUCCCAACGAGAAGUCAACGACAUGCUACAGCGUAAACAUACGUGGAACGACAACGACGUCCUCCGGUUUACUGCUGUUGUUAGGGAGGACCACACGAUUGAGCAUGAGGAGGCCCGAGCAAAAGCCGCUGUAGACGACUCGGAGGCGGCCCUAGACAGGGAGUUUAGCGAGCUCAUGCGGGCGAUUCUGGGAAGAUACCACGAAGAGCAGGUUUGGUCCGAUAAAAUCCGAAGUGCAUCGACAUACGGGCAGCUCACGGUUUUAGCGCUCAACUUGUUGGUGUUUAUCAUGGCCAUUCUGUUUGUCGAACCGUGGAAGAGACGGCGGCUGGCACAGACGUUCGAGAAGAAGACGGAGGAGUUGAGUAAGGAGGCGAGGGAGGCCACAGAAGUGGGGUUGGCAGAGAUUAGGAAGGAGUUGGAGGAGCAGGUCAGGGUUUUGACAGUGCUUGCAGAGAAUACACUUAGAUUGGAGAAGGAGAGAGAAGAGGCCUCUAAACGGGAGCGUAUGACCACGAAGGUCGUCGAGCCACGUCCUCUGUAUUGGGACCAGGCAAUCGUCUCGGGCGCGGUUGGCGCAUUUGCUGCAGCAGCUUUUGGUUGGCUUUGCUUCAGUCGGUAAUGCAUCAUAAUCUACCAUACCAUCGUAUGCUCUGAAACUAAAUGUUCACAUGUUACAACGUCGUGGAG